UCACAUCCGAGAUGAUCCAUCAAAGUAAAAAAUUCUAAUCCCAGAAUUCCUCAUUUUACCAGAACUAUUGAUUGAUUGAACCCUAGUUCUGAUUCCCAAAUCCACCAUUUUCAGUUUCUGAAUCGACGAUAAAGGAAAGAAGAAGAAGAAGAUGUUUACCCUCAAAAUCCACACCGUCGACUUCCCUCAACCCCUCCACACCACCUUCACCUCCACCACUUCCGGCGCCGCCGCCGCCGCGGCAGACAACAAUCUGAAGCCCGCCGAACUGAUGGGCGUCGCACAUCUCUUCCGUCAGCUGCCGUCCGCCACCACCCCAGCCAUCACCGUCGCCAACAUAACCGCCCGCACCACCCUCCUCUUCGUCGUCGCCGUUCCCAACUACUUGACCUCCGACGAAUUCCUCCUCUUCUGCGGGAACCACGUCCCUCACUUUGUAGAGAUCCUUUUCCUAAGAAAUGACGGAAUGGAGGAUAGGUAUAGUGUUCUGAUAAGGUUAGAGAAUCAGUUAGCUGCCGAUGGGUUCUAUUGUAGUUACAAUGGCCAAAGAUUCAAGCCAACUGAGGUUGAGGUUUGCCAUAUAUAUUUUGCUCAAUCGUUCGAGUACACCGAAUCCGCAGAAACCGCUAGUAUUGUCCCGCCUGAUUAUACGGAGUUGCCCUCGUGUCCUGUUUGUCUUGAAAGAUUGGAUCCAGAUACUAGUGGAAUACAGAGCACGUUGUGUGACCAUUCUUUUCAUUGUUCUUGCGUCUCAAAGUGGACCUACUUGUCUUGCCCGGUUUGCCGACUUUCUCAGCAACAAGAUGAAAAACCAGCCUGUGCGGUAUGUGGAACUUUCAAGAACCUUUGGAUCUGUUUGAUCUGUGGUUUUGUAGGAUGUGGAAGAUACGAAAAAGGUCAUGCUAGUGGACAUUGGAGUGAUAAGAAACACCAUUUUUCACUCGAUCUGGAAAAGCAGCAAAUCUGGGACUAUGUUGGAGACAGAUACGUUCACCGGUUGAAUCAUUCGAAAGCUGAUUAUAAAUCAGCGCUUACUAAUUCAAGGUGCAGUUCAGCUGAAGAAUGUGGGACAUGUGGAUAUGAUAAAGGGGAAGGGUUGGAUGGCGCGCUCUUUAGCAGUAAAAUCGAAGGGAUUAUGGAUGAGUACAACCGUCUUCUUGCAAGUCAACUGGAUACUCAGAGACAACAUUAUGAAUCGUUGCUCGCUGAGGCAAAAAGUAGAAAAGAGAGCUCAAUAGCAAAAGCAGUUGAGAAAGCUAUAUUUUCGAGAACGAAUGAUCUAGAGUCCAAAUUGGAAAAAUACGCGGAAGAGAAGGCGGCUUUUGCAGAGAGGAAUCGAGAGCUUAUGAAGAAACAAGAAUCCUUACAGAAUAAGUUCAAGGAAAUUGAGGAGAGGGAAAAAUCAUGUCUCAAGUCGAAGGAUGAGAAAAUCUUAGAUUUACAAGAACAGAUAAGAGACCUAAAAGUUUACAUUGACGCGCAAAGAAUGGUGACAGGCAUGGGCGAUCCAGAUGGAAUUAGAGGAGGGACUGUUUUGCCUGUUGAAGCAAGUGAGGUUUCUUCGGCCAAUCCUAAAAGGCGUAAUACUAAAUCGGGUCGGCGAAAGAACUAACCGGUUUCAAGGUUACGUUUCCCCAGGUUUAUUCUUCCAUGCGCUUUCUUUUUGUUUUGCUUAUGUACAUUUGGCAUGGAUAAAUGAACUUCAAAGCUAAAGAACGAUUGGCCAAGAAAUCAGAUGUAGUUGUAAAUCAUUAGUAAUGAAAUUUCGCCUCCCCGUGAGUGUCUAUUAUCUUUAGUGCUCAAAUAUAUGCUACGUCGAGUAAA